UCUUCUGGCGCACAUAUGACCUUAUGCAGUUGCGAGCGCCGUAAAACCUCUACUAAAACUAACCCUUUGGCACAUCUCUUAUUUUGGGAUCUUAUAUAACUUAGAUGUUUUGUAAUUGGACAAAAGCAUUGAUAUAACCAUACAACAAGGCGAAACAACAAACAUGAUUCAAUGUUUACCUCUGACAUCGACAGCGUAAAGUAACAUGCCAGAGAAGGUAAAGUUAGUAAAGUAUUGUGGUGUUGUGGUGUAAGUACCGUAAGACUCAAACUAAAACUACAAAAAAAAGAAAGAAAAAUCUUUACUUUUCUAGUAGUUCAAAAGUUUGGUAAGAAUGUUAUGGCGCUCGCAACUACAUAAUAUUGACUGGGGAAUCUCGUGGUCUAAAUGUUCAAUGUUCGCCUCGCAUUCAACAGGUCGCAGGUUCGAAACCUGAGAUCGACGAGAAAUUUUCUAAUCUAAAAAACUAUUCUCCUUUCAUUUCUUUCCCUGCUCUCUAAUCAUGUUCUGUCGUCCUUAUGCAUCAUUUCACAAUCUUUGAGAUCAUCAUUUUCCAUCGUCCAUCUUCCUCUACGUAAUCGACAAGUUCAUAAUUUCAUACAUGUAUUAUGAGCGUUUAUUUGUCUUCCUCCAGGAGGUUUCGCGUCUUGUGACACCAUCUUCCUCUGCGUAGUCAAUAAGGUCAUUAUGAGCGUGUAUUUAUGUUUCUCUAUCCCCAUCUCUCCCCCCUGUGUCUUUCUCCAGGAGGCUUCGCGUCUCUAGACACCAUCUUCCUUUACGACCGGGUGUACCAGACGAGUAUGUCCACCGUCCUUUUCAUCCGGAUUCUCCACUUCCUGGCUCCCUUGGCCGUCAACUCCCACCUCUUCGUCAUGCGCAAGACGCUAUUGAGGUCAAGGUCAGAGCUCGUCAGCCUGGGAAUCACACUGGGCGUGUGUCUGGUCAGCUUCUCUGCGUUCUUCUACCUGUUCGAGGGUCCAGUCUUCAAGAAUUUUAGGACAAUGAUGAGCUCACUCACAACGUUGUUGACGCUUCUGCUGGGCAUGACCAAGUACAGAGACAUAAGCUUCACCUCGAGUGAACUUUUCCAGGGCAUUCUCUAUCGCAUGAUGUACGCCUCCUUUAGCAUUAUCUCUACCAUUGUGGUCCUCAACUUUGCCAUCAGCAUGCUCAACGUUUCUAUGGAAACGAUAAAAGGCGUUGAGGCCUUCCUGUGCGCUGACAAGUCGAAAUCCGAUGAAUAUUUACGGCCCAAUGUCAAGGACAUGGAGGACGGCAGAGACGAGAUUGACAGAGAGUUAGGUGCCUUCGUAUGGGAGAAAAUUACCUCUAUUUUUACGUCCUUGAAAAGGAUUAAACAAAAGGAUACAGAAAAAGAUGAAGAUCCGCAGCCAAGUCCCGAGAGAGCCAUCCGGGGUGACGUGGAGAAUAUGAAUAUUGCCCAACGGUUCGAGGAGAUGGUGGAGCGGCUGACGUCAUGGGACCCAACGUUACCCACAAUGCUCCUGAGGGGAAGCGACACUUCCGACACCGCCACUGAGCAUUAUCUUCAGAGAUGGAAGCGGAAACUGGCUGCAGCCAAGACCAACAGCAGCAGCAGCAUCCCCACUCAUGUAGAGAACACCAACAAGGGCUCAGCCGGCAAGAAUAACAGCACUACUGAUGUAAUCAUCACCCCUUCCUUUGUCAAAAACGACAACAUCAGCAACACCAGCACAACCACAAUCGCAACCAUCAUAAACAGUACCAACAACACCAUCAACACCACAUCCCCUUUAGCAACAGCCAACAACAGCAGCAACAACGUCGUGACCAGCAGCAGCAUCAUCACCAUUACCCCAACAUCUUCAUCUGAAGGACACCAAAAAAUUGGCGGAAAAAACAAACACAGACAGUUGCCGCCAAAAUUCCGCUCACUUCCGCCUUUACCUCCUUCCCCGGACGAGCAACAACCACCACCGCCUGUGUCAUCAGACGUCUCGGAUUCUGUGACUUCUAACUUGUAACACAGAAAA